GGGGGCAAAACACACAUCUCCACGGAUACCAGCUCUAGCUUUCUCGUGGGGGAGGGAUUCAACUUGGAAGGUCAUGCUUAGGGAGCCGAAGUAAGAGCAGCAACAGGCGUCAUAGAAAGGAGAGGAUGGUUACAGUCUAGCCAUACAUCUGUCUGGGAAAUAUCAACAUAAAAAUGGCGUGGGAAAGGAAACAUUACCAUUUGGAGGUGAGCCGGACAUCGCAGAGCAGAGGCGACGAUGACCGCCAACAAGAGCGCCAAGGCUGCAGCGCAAGCUGGAGAAAGUAAGAUCCCUCGGGAAGUUCCUGACAGGUGCCAGUCCGCAUCCCCGCCUCCCAUUCUCUCCAAAGCAAGAGCCCCAGCUUACCCACUGAGUGACAGCGAGGACGCCCGGGAGUGGACCCGGGAGAACAGGGUCGCCGAGAACCAGCCCCUGCGCCUGAGGAACUGGAGCAAUAGGACUGACAGCCUGCGCUGUGUGUCGCUGCGAUCCACCAAUUUCCAGGCCCAGAACAGGCUCCUCAAGGCCAGGAGUGUUGCCUGCUUGGACAACAGGCUCUCCAUCUACAGGCCAGUCAGUGGCCAAGAGCAGAAGGAGAACCGGCAGGACGGCGGCCCGGCUAAGGGGGGGCUCAGCACAGGCCCUCGUGGCUGGAGCACCCUGUCCUUGGGCCCUACGUCCCAACACCACCAGCGUACUCUCUCCCUUGGCCGGCCCAGCGGGUGCUCCUCGCCUGUGGGCGUCCGCAAGAAGAUCUCCGAAUGGGAGUGCCGGAGAGUGGAUCUCCCUAGGAUGAGCCUAUGCCUAGACAAGAGGCCCAUAAGUGAGCGGAUGGGUGGCAGUGACGCUUGCCCCAGCCUCUUAUCCUCACCCUGCAGUGAUAAGACCUUUGACUUUAAAGGUGUGCGGAGGAUGAGCACCGCUUUCUCUGAGUGCUCCUACCCGGAGACGGAGGAGGAAGAACCAACCUCAGAGCGGGGCGGCUCCAACGGAGGGUCCGGAAAGAGGCCCAUCCGGACGGAUGCCGCAGGGCUUCUCUUCCGCUCCUUCUCUUCCCGCAAAGAAAAUUCCGCUGUCCUCAACCGGAUACAAAAGAUUGAGCAGGCACUGAAGGAGAGCCCCCCACCAUCCUUGCCCUGCUACCCCAGCAGCUGCUACACCCCGGACAAACUACGGCGUAAGGGGGAGCCGCAGAGCGGAUGCCCCCGAGAGCGGAGCGGAUUCCGCACCAUUACCCCAGAGCCAGAGGCCGCAGCAGUCACCUCCAGCCAGGACAGGCUGCCUGAACUCAAGCAGAGGUUCAGCAUAAGCUCAGCCAGCUCUGGCAGCCCUGAGCUGUCUCCUCCUGAUACACGGGGAGGCGUGCAGGUCAACCCCCUACCUAAACCCAAGCGCACUUUUGAGUACGAGGUCAACCGGAACCAUGAGAGCCAUAAGCCUACGUCGCCAAGCAACGGCCUACCUCCUAGCAGCCCCUCCGAGUCCCCGCCCCCAUUGCCCUCUACGCCAGCACCACCCAUGACACGAGUCCAGAAGUCAGAGGGAAGUUUCCGGAAAAAGCCUCAUGACAGAGAGUCGUGUGAGUCCGAGGAUGCCUCCAGCCUCCCUCCCUCGCCCGCGGAAAAUGGAAGCGGUUCUACGGAGAGUCGGAGCCGGCCCAGCUCAAAAAGCACUUUAGAAGAGAACGCCUAUGAGGACAUUGUAGAGUCCCCCUAUGAGGAUGUGGUUGUAAAAGGUCGGGAGCUUCGCCGGAAGCCUCGUCUGCAGCCCGAAAGUCUGCGGGAGGCACGCCACAGGACCCCGGCCCCCCAGGACGGGAAAGUCAGCACACCUUCCCAGGUGCCCAGUGCGCAGUCCCCACGUCUCCCAGGCUCUGCGAAGGACAGGAAGUACCGACGGGCAACCUGUCCGACCAAGCGGCAUGGCCAGGAUGGCACGUCGCCCGUGAGCCAGUCCACCGCCCGGACUUCCCCAUGCGGCUUGCUGGAGGAUGGCCUCAGUGGGGACACGUUGGCCUGCCAUCACCACCGGAGGGUUCCCAAGCUGGUGCAGAGGAUAAACUCUAUCUACUGUACGAAAAGAGGCAGGAAGAGACUGAAGAAGCUCACCCUGUCUGGUAUUGAAGCCCCUUCUCUAAGAGAGGAUAACAGCGAGAGUGAGAGUGACUCAGAUGACCGGUUCAAAGCUCACACGAGGCGCCUGUUAAAACUGCAGUCUAUGCUGCAACAGGCCCCCAGUUACCGCACUCUGGAGCUGCAGUUGAUCGAGUGGCAGGAACGAGAGCUGUUCGAGUAUUUUGUGGUGGUGUCUCUGAAGAAGAAGCCCACCAAGAAUUUCUACGCCCCAGAGGUCACCUACCAGUUCCCCAAGCUGGAUCAGCCCACCAAGCAGAUGAGGGAAGCGGAGCAGCGCCUCAAAGCCAUCCCACAGUUUUGCUUCCCUGAUGCCAAAGACUGGAGCCCCGUGUCAGAAUAUAGCAGUGAGACCUUCUCCUUCAUGCUGACUGGAGAAGAUGGAAGCCGGAGAUUUGGGUACUGCAGGAGGUUAAUGCCCAAUGGGAAAGGACCUCGCCUGCCUGAGGUUUACUGCGUCAUCAGCCGGCUGGGCUGUUUCAACUUGUUCUCCAAGAUUCUGGACGAGGUAGAGAAGCGGCGAAGCAUCUCGGCAGCGCUGGUCUACCCCUUCAUGAGAAGUCUGAUGGAGUCGCCCUUCCCUGCUCCGGGCAAAACCAUCAAAGUCAAGACCUUCCUGCCUGGUGCAGGGAAUGAGGUUAUGGAGCUGAGGCGACCCAUGGACUCCCGGCUGGAGCAUGUGGACCUGGAGAGCCUCUUCAGCUGCCUGAGCGUGCGUCAGGUCAUACGGGUCUUUGCCUCGCUGCUCCUGGAGCGCAGGGUCAUCUUCGUGGCCGACAAACUCAGCACUCUGUCCAGCUGCGUGCAUGCAGUGGUGGCCCUGCUCUACCCCUUCUCCUGGCAGCACACCUUCAUCCCCGUGCUGCCCUCCUCCAUGGUGGACAUCGUGUGCUGCCCCACGCCCUUCCUGGUGGGCAUCCUCUCCAGCUCGCUGCCCAAGCUGAAAGAUCUCCCCGUGGAGGAGGUUUUAACAGUGGACCUGAGGAAAGACCGGUUCAUUAGACAGAUGGAUGAUGAGGCCACACUGUUGCCACGGAAACUCCAGGCUGCCCUGGAGCACGCUCUCGAACAGAGGAAAGACCUCAUCAGUCAGGACUCUGACAGCGAAUCGGAUGAAGAAUGUAACUCCCUCAACAAUGUGGUAUCGGAGGCUUUUAUCCGCUUCUUCCUGGAGACGAUUGGACAUUACUCCCUGUUCAUGACCCAGAACGAACAGGGCGAGCGCGUUUUUCAGAGGGAGGCCUUUCGCAAGUCUGUGGCCUCCAAGAGUGUCCGCCGUUUCCUGGGCGUUUUUAUGGAGUCCCAGAUGUUUGCUGGUUUCAUCCAGGACCGGGAACUCCGCAAGUGUCGAGCCAAGGGGCUCUUUGAGCAAAGAGUGGAGCAGUACCUGGAGGAGCUGCCCGACACUGAGCAGAGCGGGGUCAACAAGUUCUUCAAAGAGUUGGGUAGUAAAAUGAAGUUUCUGCACAAAAAGAACUAAAGGAACCCCAUUCUACUGUACACAUUUUACCAAAUACCAACGACGGUGAAAUAUUCAGUCUUAUUGCAUAGCGUGCACAUUACAAGACCCGGUAUACCCAAUACAUGGAUAUCUUCAAUAUUGGGCUGUACCUAAGUUCAUAUUUUGUACAAAGAGAAAUCACUGUAAGCUUGUUGUCAUACCCGUUAGGCUUCUAGUUACUUUUGUAGAUUAAUUCCAACGGGGCUUUGAGUGGUUGCAAUGUGGAUGGUAGCUAAUGUGCAUUUGACUGUUCCCAGAAUAACCACUGACUUAGAAAAGGUAUGUGGAGGAUCAGAUCACAUAUGAAGAAUGGCUCCACCAAGUGCUAGAUCUCUCUCAUUGUGUGAAUGUUGCUUUUGUCUGCUGUCUAGCGUGCUACACCAUCAUGGUACUUUAGAUGAGGACAACCUGUGCAUUAAACAGCUGGAAGUUUAUGUAUAUGCGUUAAGGUACAUGAAGAACAUACUUGUUAACAACCCAAUUGCUUUGUAUCUUGUAAAUUUCUAAAAAAAACAAUGUUUUAAGAACAUGUGUGAACUUCG